AUGGAGUCGCCGGAGCCGGUGAGCCCGUCGUCGUCGUCGUCGUCGUCGGGGGACCGGGAGCAGCAGCAGCGCCACGGGGCGGCGGAGCGGCCGUCGGAGACGGCGGCGCUGCGGGCGCUGGUGGAGCGGGUGCGCGGCGGGGAGGUGGAGGCGGCGCGCGAGGUGCGGCGCCUCACGCGGGCCUCCGCCCGGCACCGCCGCAAGCUGGCGGGCGCCGUGGAGCCGCUCGUCGCCAUGCUCCGGUCCGGCGGCGGCGCCGGCGAGGCCGCGCUGCUGGCGCUGCUCAACCUCGCCGUCAGGGACGAGAGGAAUAAGAUCAAGAUACUGGAUGCCGGUGCCCUUGAGCCGCUGCUUGGUUACUUGCAGUCAAGCGAUCUGAACUUACAGGAGUAUGCGGCUGCUGCAAUCCUCACUCUCUCAGCCUCAUCCACAAAUAAGCCCAUCAUAAGCGUAUCCGGGGCAAUCCCUCUCCUUGUAAAGGUUCUGGAAGAAGGGAAUCCGCAGGCCAAGAAUGAUGCUGUCAUGGCCCUCUACAACCUCUCCACCAUUGCAGAUAACCUCCAAACCAUCCUCUCUGUCCAGCCCAUCCCCCCUUUGUUAGAGUUGCUGAGAGCUGGCAAGAGGUCCUCCAAGACAGCAGACAAGUGCUGCGCCCUUCUGGAAUCGCUGCUCGCCUUUGAUCAAGGCCGAGUGGCCCUAACUUCCGAGGAAGGCGGGGUGCUCACCAUCGUGGAGGUGCUCGAGGAAGGCUCCCUCCAAGGCCGAGAGCAUGCUGUUGGAGCGCUCCUCACGAUGUGCGAGAGUGACCGCAGUAAAUACAGAGAUCUCAUUCUGAACGAAGGCGCGAUCCCCGGUCUUCUGGAGCUCACCGCUCAUGGCACUCCCAAGUCCAGAGUGAAGGCGCACGCUCUGCUCGACCUGCUGCGCAACUCGCCCUACUCGAGGUCGAAGCUGCAGCCCAACACCCUGGAGAACAUCGUCAGCAACAUUGCUUCUCAGAUCGAUGGGGAGGACCGUGGUGGGAAGGCCAAGAAGAUGCUCGCCGAGAUGGUGAAGGUCAGCAUGGAGCAGAGCUUGAGGCACCUGCAGCGCCGGGCUUCCUUCGCUUGA